CACUGGUGCAGAUCUCACGCACUUUCACUUUGAAUUGAGGACGUACAGUGAUUUUUUUUAACACGCGUAUUUAGUCGUUAUGCGUGUUGUACGCCGUUAUAACAACUAGCAUCAGGUUGCGUUUACUUUCACGUCUUAAUUCGUCGUCAAACAUGGAGACAUUUGAAGGCUACAUCUUCACUGCUCUCUGCAGCACCAACUUCUUGAUAUCCUGCCUGCUGUUCUCCAGAGUCACUCGGGAGCAAAGGGAUCCGUACAUGGAUGAGAUAUUUCACGUCCCGCAAGCUCACAAAUACUGUCAUGGGAAAUUCAACGAGUGGGACCCAAUGAUCACCACCCUCCCAGGCCUUUACCUCGUCUCUGUGGGGGUCAUCAAGCCCGUGGUCUGGCUCGCCGGCCUGACAGGCCAGGUGGUGUGUUCCACAGCCAUGCUGCGCUUCAUCAACCUGCUCUUCAACUGUGGCAACCUUUACCUGCUCUAUCUGCUCAUCUGCAAGCUGCACCAAAGGGAGAAGACACGCACAACCUCACGUCGAGUCCUCUCAGCGCUCUCUCUCUCCUCCUUCCCCGUGCUCUACUUCUUCAACUUCCUCUACUACACUGACGCUGGAUCUACUUUCUUCAUCCUCUUCACCUACCUCAUGACGCUGUAUGGUUGCCACAAGGCCUCGGCGCUCCUCGGCGUCUGCUCCAUUCUCUUCCGCCAGACCAACAUCAUAUGGGUGGCGUUCUGCGCGGGCACUCUGGUGGCUGCCAAGAUGGAUGAGGCCUGGAGGGUGGAGCAUACGAAAAAAAGGGAUGAGAAGUCUCCUCCGUCACAGGUCCCUCUGUCAUUCAGCGGAGCAAAGAAAGUGGUGCUUUUCAUGCUGGAGUUUCUCACAUCUCCUAGUCAUGUGAAGGCGGUGCUGCUGGUGGCCUGGCCUUACGCAGCAGUUGCGGUGGGUUUCCUUGUGUUUGUGGUGCUGAACGAUGGGAUCGUGGUGGGUGACAGGACAAGCCAUGAGGCAUGUCUAAACAUCCCUCAAGUCUUUUAUUUCUUCUCCUUCUCCCUCUUUUUCUCCCUCCCUGUUUCACUUUGUUACCACCGUGUGCUCCGCUUCCUGCAGGCUCUAAAAAAACAGCCUUUUUUCUUCCUCCUCGUCACCGGCCUCUGCUUCCUCCUCGUAUGGAAGUUCACCUUCGUCCACAAGUACCUCCUAGCAGAUAACCGCCACUUCCCCUUCUACGUGUGGAAAAGGCUUUUCCAGAAGCACGAGCUGGUGCGCUUCCUCCUUGUCCCCGCGUACGUGUUCGCAGGGUGGAACUUUCUGGACUCCUUCAAGUCACGCUCGCUCUUCUGGAGCUUGGCGUUCCUGGCAUGCCUCAUGGCUGCCACAGUCCCUCAGAAGCUCCUGGAGUUCAGGUACUUCAUCGUUCCAUACCUAAUGUACCGUUUGCACAUGCCCCUGCCCUCUCUUCCCAGACUCAUUCUGGAGUUCCUCCUGUACACGCUGGUCAAUGCCGCCACGAUUUACAUCUUCAUCACAAAGACCUUCCACUGGCCAGACAGCACAGCUGCACAGAGGUUCAUGUGGUGAACCAAAGAGGAGAAGGAGGAACUGGUGCUGGUAUUAGAAUGAUUCAAACAGGGUGCUGGUACUACUUUACAGAAGGCUCUUUCUCUCUAAAAGACGACUCAUAUUUCUGUCAUAUUUUAGUACAUCUGUAACUAAACUAUGUUCAGGAUAUUGUCAAAGGAUUGUCACAGUUUUUACUGAAAAUCAAUAUUUCUAGUUAUAACAUGAUAGACAGGAGUGAAAACCAAAAACCCUUCAACCAUGAAUCUGUUCAGUUACAUGAAAAUUUCAACAACAAGGAUAUUCAUUUUUCAUAUAUCAGUUUAAAUAUCGGUCUGAAUUGUAAUAUGUUAUUUUGAUAUGAAUUUCCUGUAUAUAAAAGUUGUUUCUACUGUAUGUAAAUACAUUGUGAUUAAAAUCCUCUACAAAUUAAAAAAGAUAAUCAUGUAAUUUUGAGAUCUUUUGGGGAUUGACAGGAUAAUGCAACGUUUACUUAUGACAAACUGUUUUGUACUAUAAAUGUAAAUAUGCCGCUCUGUAGUUCAGCCUUUGGAGAAAUAACUGUUGACAUGAGCUGUAAAUACAAUUAAAGAGACCAAAUAUGACUUAGCCAUAAUGUAAAACAUCUUAUGAUAGAGAUUUUUGCUUUUUGCCAGUGAAAAACACAGAAACAUUUCACAUAGACCUGACCCAUAAACAACUUUAUAACUGAGGAUACACCUUUAUUGCUUUUAAAAAGAAAACUUGAUCAAGCCAUAAUUUAUUUGAUUGUUUUGUACCUGGUGGUUUAAUUGUAAUGAUAAUCCCAUUUUUCCUUAAGUAUGUUUCUCCUUUCUGUUUGCUAUUUUUGUAGUGCCUGAUUUGUGUGUGUGUAUAUGUGUAUGGGGGUUUAACUGUUUUUUCUAUUUACAAGAUCACAAAAUCAAAAAUAAAUGUGAAGUUUCAAACCGACCAAGACCUGAUUGUUCUCAGGAUUGGGAUGGGAUUCAAAAAUGUGAUUAAAAUGGGCAGUCUAUCAUCAUAUCAGUUUAUCACAAUGUUGUCAUAUUUGGCCCUGUGUUUUUUGUUGGCGUUUCCACUUUUCUAUUUGAGUCUGUUGUUACUCGUGUUUGUGUUGACUCAUCUGUGUUCCACACUUAACUGUAUACACUGUCCAUCCAGCUGUAUGCUGCUUUCAUGUUGAUACAAUCCUGUGUAGAAUUUGGAAUAAAAUGAUUAAUUCAGCA